CUGGUGCCUCUGGAGCUUUUCCCUUUAUAGCACCAUCGAAUCCCAGUCCUAACAGAAGUACUGCGAAUCUUGUGGCCUCUUUUUGAACAAAAGGGAUCAGAGACGAAAAAUCUGUUGAUAUAAAGCUUGAAAGCAAGAGCAGGCAAUCUUGGUUGUGAAUAUUUUCUGAUUUUUCCAGAAAUCAAGCAGAAGAUUGAGCUGCUGAUGUCAGUUAACUCUGAGAAGUCGUCCUCUUCAGAAAGGCCGGAGCCUCAGCAGAAAGCUCCCUUAGUUCCGCCACCGCCGCCUCCACCACCGCCACCGCCUCUGCCAGACCCCACGCCCCCGGAGCCAGAGGAGGAGAUCCUGGGAUCAGAUGAUGAAGAGCAGGAGGACCCCGCCGACUACUGCAAAGGUGGCUACCAUCCGGUGAAAAUUGGAGACCUCUUCAAUGGCCGCUACCAUGUCAUUAGGAAGCUAGGAUGGGGACACUUCUCAACUGUCUGGCUGUGCUGGGAUAUGCAGGGGAAAAGAUUUGUUGCAAUGAAAGUUGUAAAAAGUGCCCAGCAUUAUACAGAGACAGCCUUGGAUGAAAUAAAAUUGCUCAAAUGUGUUCGAGAAAGUGAUCCCACUGACCCAAAUAAAGACAUGGUAGUACAGUUAAUUGAUGACUUCAAGAUUUCAGGCAUGAAUGGAAUACAUGUCUGCAUGGUCUUCGAAGUGCUUGGCCACCAUCUCCUCAAGUGGAUCAUCAAGUCCAACUACCAAGGCCUCCCAGUACGUUGUGUGAAGAGUAUCAUUCGACAGGUCCUUCAGGGGUUAGAUUAUCUACACAGUAAGUGCAAGAUCAUUCAUACGGACAUAAAGCCGGAGAACAUCCUGAUGUGUGUGGAUGAUGCAUAUGUGCGAAGAAUGGCAGCUGAGGCCACCGAGUGGCAGAAAGCAGGUGCUCCUCCUCCUUCGGGGUCUGCAGUGAGUACGGCUCCACAGCAAAAACCUAUAGGAAAAAUAUCUAAGAACAAAAAGAAAAAACUGAAAAAGAAGCAGAAAAGGCAGGCUGAGUUGCUGGAAAAGCGCCUGCAGGAAAUAGAAGAAUUGGAGCGAGAAGCAGAAAGGAAAAUCAUAGAAGAAAACAUCUCAUCCGCUGUACCUUCCAAUGAACAAGACGAGGAGUACCGCCCAGAGGGGAAGCUCAAAACUGCUGGCUUAGAGGACGCAGCCGAGGGCGAGCCUGCGAAUGACAAGGGUGAGGCUGAGGACCAGGAAGAGAAAGAAGACACUGAGAAAGAAAACACUGAGAAAGAUGGAGAUGAUGUGGAACCAGAACUGACGAGCACAGACCCUGCGUGGAUAGAGUCCCCCAGAACCAACGGCCAUAUUGAGAAUGGCCCGUUCUUACUGGAGCAGCAGCUGGAUGAUGAAGAUGACGAUGAAGAAGAUUGUCCCAAUCCUGAGGAAUAUAACCUUGAUGAGCCAAAUGCAGAAAGUGAUUACACAUAUAGCAGCUCCUAUGAACAAUUCAAUGGUGAAUUGCCAAAUGGACGACAUAAAAUUCCCGAGUCACAGUUUCCAGAGUUUUCCACAUCCUUGUUCUCUGGGCCCCUAGAACCUGUGGCUUGUGGUUCUGCACUUUCCGAGGGAUCCCCGCUUACCGAGCCUGAGGAAAGCAGUCCAUCCCAUGACAGAAGCCGGACGGUUUCAGCCUCCAGCACUGGAGAUUUGCCAAAAACAAAAACCCGGGCGGCCGACUUGUUGGUGAACCCCCUGGAUCCACGGAACGCAGAUAAAAUUAGAGUUAAAAUUGCCGACCUGGGAAAUGCUUGUUGGGUGCAUAAACACUUCACAGAAGACAUCCAGACGCGUCAGUAUAGAUCCAUAGAGGUUUUAAUAGGGGCAGGUUACAGCACACCUGCUGACAUUUGGAGCACAGCAUGCAUGGCAUUUGAGCUGGCAACGGGAGAUUAUUUGUUUGAACCGCAUUCUGGGGAAGACUAUUCCAGGGAUGAAGACCACAUAGCCCACAUCAUAGAGCUGCUAGGCAGUAUCCCAAGGCACUUUGCUCUAUCUGGAAAAUAUUCUCGGGAAUUCUUCAAUCGCAGAGAUCACAUAGCAUUGAUCAUUGAACUGCUGGGGAAAGUCCCUCGAAAAUACGCUAUGUUGGGAAAAUAUUCCAAGGAGUUUUUCACCAGAAAAGGAGAACUGCGGCAUAUCACCAAGCUGAAGCCCUGGAGCCUCUUUGAUGUCCUUGUGGAAAAGUAUGGCUGGCCCCACGAAGAUGCUGCACAGUUUACAGAUUUCCUGAUCCCAAUGUUAGAAAUGGUUCCAGAAAAACGAGCCUCGGCUGGCGAAUGCCUUCGGCAUCCUUGGUUGAAUUCUUAGCAGAUCCUACCAGUAGAGCAUUCUGAGCUAGCAAAUGUUUUCCAGUACAUUGGACCUAAACGGUGACUCUCAUUCUCUAACGGGAUUACAAGCGAGCUGGCUUCAUCCUCAGACCUUUAUUUUGCUUUGAGGUACUGUUGUUUGACAUUCUGCUUUUUGUGCACUGUGAUCCUGGGGAAAGGUAGUCUUUGUCUUCAGCUUAGUAGUUUACUGACCCACUUUCUUCUGGAAACAAUAACAUGUCUCUAAGCAUUGUUUCUCGUGUGACAUUCAAAUGUCAGUCUUUUUUUUUGAGCGAAAAAUACUUUCCCCCUUGUGUUUUGGCAGGUUUUGUAACUAUUUAUGAAGAAAUAUUUUAGCUGAGUACUAUAUAAUUUACAAUCUUAAGAAAUUAUCAAGUUGGAACCAAGAAAUAGCAAGGAAAUGUACAAUUUUAUCUUCUGGCAAAGGGACAUCAUUCCUGUAUUAUAGUGUAUGUAAAUGCACCCUGUAAAUGUUAAUUUCCAUUAAAUAUGGGAUGGGGACUCAAAUUUCAGAAAAGCUACCAAGUCUUGAGUGCUUUGUAGCCUGAAUUGCAUGUAGCGGACUUGAACUGCUCCCAGGAGCUAUGCAGACUUUUCAUUCCAUAACAGCCCUUUUACAUUGGAUUUUAAACAAAGUGGCUCUGAGUUAUGUCAUUCCCUAUAUGGCACUUUAAAGCAAGAAAAGACAUGCUUUCAUUCGAAAAUACGUACUAUAGUUUUAGCACUCUCAUUCAUAUUUUUGCGUAUUUUUAAAAGUACUUUUAAGGAAAAAGAGCAGUUUCCCUUUAAAAAUGUGAUGGCCCGGUACCAUGUGGUGUUGCCUUCUCCAAACACUGUAAGUUAAACUCUACAUAGAUUAAAUCGGACAACAAAAACCAUGUGCGGUGUGUGGAAUUAGAAAUAUAUACACACACACACACACACACACACACACACACACACAUAUAUACGUAUGUAUAUAUAUAUAGUUUUUCUGGAAAAGCUUACUUGUGUUUCUCCAAAACCAAGGUGUGGUAUGUACAGUUAGUGGUGCAGUGGGCACGACUCUAACAUCUCAGAGGUAACAGGGAUCACGUUCAUUCCAUAGGCAGUUAUAUGCGUGGCUAUAACAAUUUUCUGAGCUUUUUCAUUGUCUUCCCAUGUAUUGAAGUUGAGAAAAUGAUUUUCCCUUUGCAGGUUGCACACAAUUUUGUUUAUGCAUUUCCUUAAAGUUUUAGAAUCCAGGACACAAACCAUAGUAGGCAAUACGAUUUUAGAAUGUAAUCUACAGAGGUGUAUUUAGCCUCUUUUAGAAGUCAGUGGGUUGAAUGUCAGGUUUUUUAAAAAUUUUACAUUCAUUAAGGUGCCUCGUUUUUCUUGACUUUGUCCAUUAACAUUUAUCCAUAUGCCUUUGCAAUAACUAGAUUGUGAAAAGAUAACAAGUGUUGUAAUAAUAAUCCAUUGUUUGAGGUGCUUGCGGUUGUCUUAAAAAUUAAAGUGUUUUGGUUUUUUUUUUUCCAGACAUUGCCUUGGUCAUUGGCCUAUAUUUGAAGUGAUAGAAUCAACAAACAUGUGCUCUCCUUUUAGUGCAGUGUGACCCAAACUAAAGGAAGUAUCAACAUUCCUAUUGCAGGAAAUGUAGUCGCACAACAUGCAUUAAGGCUUACUUAGUACACGGAAAUCGUUCAUUGUGUUGUAAGAGUAGAAUAUGGCUUUCGAAGAGCUGCUGUAGUACAGAUUCACUGCCUAGAAUUUCAGUGAUUCCUCUUCGUGUUCCAUGAAAUCCAUACUAAUGACAUAGUGUUUGAGCAUUGCAGAUUUUCUUCUCUCUUUUUACUAGUUUUCACUGUGAGGGAACAAGACACAGUCCUUUAGGAGUUAGCAUGGUAAUCACAUACCGCUGUGAGGUGCAACAGAACCACUUACGAAACGUGCAUGCUGAGGUUUUCCGAGGAGGCUGUAGGUUACCACGUAGGUUCUACGACGGAUGGUUGCUGCAGACACAGUUUCCGUAGGAUCCGUUCUUACAAGAACCACAAAGUAUAUGUCUUCAUCUUCCCCUAACUGAAGAAUUUGUAUCAGGGUUAUAGCACACUUGAAUGAAAUGUAUCUAAUGCAAUUGCAGCUCAUGUUAGAAAAUAAACUAGAUUGUUAUGAAUUUUGUAAAGACCUGUCCCUAAUAAGAGCCUAACUGGUGUACAAUGUUAAAAAAAAAAAAAAUGUUCUAGAAGGAAUAUAUGUUUGUAUUAGGUAUAGUAUGUUUUUUUUGGCGGGAACCUGGUGGCUUGAGUUUAAAGAAUACAUACAAGCCGAGCGAGAAGCGCUGGUUAUACGAAACACUGCAGCCGCCUCGGAUGUUCUAGUGAACGUCCUGCUUUUCCCCUCUGGUCCACAUCAGGCCUUCAUGGAGAAGGACAAGCAGUGGACCACAUACAUGAUGAUAGCAGAUGAGAGGCUGUCUGGCUGGAAAUUAGAACUGCCCAAAGGCUUAAAAAAAAACAACAGAUACAGGAGCUUCAGAAAAGCCUGGACUUUUUAGGUGAAAAGCAAUUUCCUGACUGACUUCUUCCUGUGCCUGGAUCAUACGUAACAAUUAACAGGAGAAACCACUGUCCUUGGGUAGAUAACUUCAGUUUGUAUCCACAGGUGGGAUUAUUCCUUAAAUUCUGCUUUUAAAUUGUCCAUUUUUUUUUUUAUGACUUCAAUGAAAUUUUGGUAGAGGACAGCA